CAUUUUUACUUGACGGCUCGUUCUUUUCGAUUAUUAAACGUUUUUGGCUCGUUGCCAAUUUUUUAUGUCUGACAGGUUUUCUUUCAGCUGAAAUAUAUGAACUGUGGAAUACGUGUGUUGCGUUUGGCUUUCAAGUUUCAGAUACGCUAUUACUCUAGAAAAAUGAAACACGUGAAACUGUCUCAGACUGAUGAUUUGAUGCCUACGUUAGGUUUAGGCACUUGGCAGGCCCCAUCUGAUGUCAUUGAGACUACAGUUUACAAGGCACUUGAUUUAGGCUAUCGACAUAUCGACACAGCAUUUAAUUAUAAUAAUGAAGAAGCUAUUGGUAACGCUAUUAAAAAAUGGAUCGAAGACGGAAAGGGGACUAGAAAGGAUUUAUUCAUAACAACCAAGCUUCCGCAUGUAGGCAAUCGAGCGUCAGACGUUAGAAAGUUUUUAGAGCUGCAGCUAAGUCGACUGAAGAUGGACUAUGUUGACUUAUACCUGAUCCAUGUGCCAUUCGCCUUCUACUGUAAUCCUGAGACUCUGACGCCUCUGAUUCAGCACUCUGGGGAAUACAUGCUGGAUAUGGAAACCAACCACAUUACUACAUGGAAGAAAAUGGAGGAAUGCAGAAAUGACGGUCUAGUACGCAAUUUGGGCUUAUCCAACUUUAAUGAAGCGCAGAUUUUAAAAAUAAUGAAGGCGGCAGAAUUGAAACCUCAAGUGCUGCAGGUAGAACUCCACGCGUACUUCCAGCAGAUGGAGCUACGCAAGUUCUGUUCUGAGAACAAUAUCGUGGUCACAGCCUACGCGCCUCUCGGCAGCCCUGGCGCUAAGGAGCACUUCGUCAACAAAUAUGACUACAACCCUGAUACUUUCCCAGACUUGCUCGGGCACAAGGAUGUGAAGGAGAUUUCUGAAGCUCACAAGAAAACACCAGCGCAAGUUCUGCUUAAUUUCUUAGUCGCGCAGAAGAUUGUUGUGAUCCCGAAAAGUACAUCAGAACAUAGACUCCAAGAAAACAUGGAUAUAUUCGAUUUUGAUCUGACGCCAGCGGAGAUGAACCGCUUGAAGAAGUUGGACAAGGGCGAAGAGGGGCGCAUCUUCAACUUUUUGUUCUGGAAGGGCGUAGAGAGCCACCCGGAGUACCCCUUCAAAAAUCCAAAGGCUGUCGUAAUGGAAGGAGCACAAUGAGCGAUAUUCUUGAAGAAUUAGGUCAUAUUGUCACGAUUUCUUGCUCAGCCUUGAAGGUACCUCGUAAUUUAAUUUCGCCUUAGCUAUAUCACUAGCUUUAAUACAAAGGUCAGUGCAACUGAUAUAGUUUAUUUAUUGGGUGCUUUAAGCACGUGUAGCUAUUUAUUUUUAAAAUUACAGUUACAAAGUGAAAACA